AGAAAUUGUGGCGUUGACAAAUAUACAGCGUGAGUGUAUAUAGGUGGUGGCUGCUGCUGCUGCGGCUUCUUCAUCUCUUAUCUUCCGACCCUUAUUUUCCUCUGAUUUGAUAUCUUUUCAUGCUCAUGUCUUACCGUCAAAACUUGUUCCGACAUUAAUUUUCUGCUCUCAUCGGACGCACAUGAGCAACACAAUGAGGCCAAGGAAUAAGGCGAUGUUUUAUUUGGUUUACGACAGGGGUUGACUUUCUGUUCCCAUAUUUUCCCUCAUUAAUUGCUAUAUAUUUAGUAUUGUGUGUGAAUCGAUUCGGAGAUGAGUGAAGUGGAUGAUGGGAUGGUGGUGAAAAAGAAGGUGGGAAAAGGGCUGAUCACCAAAACGUGGGAGCGAUGCAAGUGGAUAGGACGAGGCAGAAGCAGCGUGAUGAUGAUGAGGAGCAGAUCCUGGCCCAGCCGCAAGGGACCAAAGAAGAACAGCAGCAACGUUGGUGUGGCACCCGAAGGUUGCUUCUCCGUCUACGUCGGACCACAAAUGCAGAGGUUCGUGAUCAAGACCGAGUACGCUAAUCAUCCUUUGUUCAAGAUUCUCCUGGAAGAAGCAGAAUCCGAGUAUGGGUACAGCAGCCAAGGUCCUUUGGCUCUUCCCUGCCACGUUGAUAUCUUCUACAAGGUGUUGAUGGAAAUGGAGUAUUCUAAAGAAGAAGAAGAAGAGGAGCAACAGAAACUAACUCGUAAAGCUUCUGCUGGUUGUGUCUGUCUUAACCGCUCUCCCUCCGCUUAUCGUCUUCUUCGUUCUUCCUCCGUCAAACCAUAAACCUCUUCUCAACUUCCUUUACCUCCUCAAUAAUAAUACUGUAAUCGAUCAUCCUAUAUAUCUAUCUAUGUAUUUGCUUCUUCUUAUAUAUAUAUAUAUGCCUGGGUUCUUUAAUUUUA